UGUGUGUUGUUUGGCCAUUGUUUGUUUGUCAGUCAAUCAAGAGUGCAAAAAUGCUCGGUGUCAUGUCCCGUCUUGCCAGUAAGAGUCCAUGGCAAAACAGUUUCAUGCGGUCGACAGUGCGUCAUUUGUUUUUCCAGUUCGGCGCAUUGUUUCCCUUUCCUUGUUAGUUCACGAGAUCAUUUCAUUUUUCGCCGUGCAGCGUGAUGGCUGUUCCUUCGUUUCAUAGUUGGUAACAGUUUUGUCUUUUGUUACCUGCGUCUAAGUCAGGAUAGAGUCGGGUUCCAUAACAAAGUGGGCUGUUCUUUGAAAAGCCGAGUAACAAUCGACGUUUCAAAGAACACUGCACGAUGGAGUGAGAGAGUGUGGUAACGUUAUUACUCAUUAUAUUUCAAAUUUUACCCAGAUAUUAUUUCGUCAGCGGGAAAAACAUCGUGUUUACCUGUGGUAAGGUAAUUCCACGAACGAGCUAUUAAGUGUGAGUGAGGAGUGGGUGUUUGAGGAAAGGAUAAUUUUUAGUUUUCGUCAGACUGGUUCGUGGAUAGAAGUCAGUAUUGCGUUUCACGAUUUUUGAUAUCACAGGAAGGACAAAGUGUGAUUAUUACGUUGUAAAGUCGUACAUAAUGUGAGCUGUAUCGUCUGUCAGAAAACCUCAAAUUUGGAGUUUGCAUCGUCCAAGAAUCCGUGGUGAGACAAGGUGACGCUCGGGGACUGUCACGAAGGAGAGAGGUCAUUGUCCAGCGAAGAAUUCGAUCAGUGUCUCAGCUGGCUUUUAUAUUUUUCUGCUGUCAAAAUGACGGGCAGGCGCUGUUAAAAUAAUUUGUUUUGUUGUUCGCUGUUUUCAAGCAAAGAAAAAGUUCUGUGACACUACAUAGUUGCAACAGCGACGGUAGCGUAAUGCACGGAUAUCAGGAAUGGGAAAACUGCUUCUUAUAAACUGUUACGAACAUCGAAGUGUCUCUGCAACGAGCUGUGUGAAGAAUCCGCAAGCUUUUCAUCAUGAUUGACCCAUAUUCGACUGACGUCCUGUGGGUUGUCAUCGUCGGUUUCAUAAUAGCCUUCAUAUUGGCAUUUGGCAUUGGAGCUAACAGCGUUCCGAACUCAUUUGCUACUUCGGUCGGAUCAAAAGUGCUCACUCUCAGGCAGGCAUGCUGUUUGGGAACGGUGUGUGAAAUCGCUGGAUCCGUUCUGCUAGGUUACAAAGUGUCGGGAACAGUGCGUAAAGGUGUUUUGCAGUUGACGGUUUACGAAGGUGCUGAGUUGGAGCUUAUGCUCGGAAUGUUCGCAGUCCUGAUUUCCAGCUCUGUGUUGCUGCUCAUUGCAAUAUUCCUGAAGCUUCCUGUAUCAGCCACUCACGGCAUCGUCGGUGCCACUCUUGGUUUCUCUCUGGUUUGCCGCGGGAAUGACGGCAUCAACUGGGGAGUCCUUGGAUUGAUUGUGGGAUCUUGGUUCCUGUCGCCGGUGCUGUCUGGUGUGAUAUCGGUGUCGCUGUUUGCUCUGGUUCGUCACUUCAUCCUCAACGCGCCUAAUCCCAUAGUACGAGGUUUACUGAGUCUGCCCAUCAUCUAUGGUGUGACUGUCUUCAUCAACGUGUUCUCCAUCUUCCUUGACGGUCCGACAUUGCUGUAUUUUGAUCGAAUCCCUUGGUGGGCCACAUUGAUCAUCAGCUUGUGCUGUGGAGCAGUGACUAUGCUGACUGUGCAGCUCGUGCUCGUGCCGUUCAUGAAGCGGAAGCUCGGUGGUCAGUCAGAAACAGGUUCAACGCAAAAGACGAGAGAUGACGAGUACAAAGUCGAUUCGUCCUGCACCGAGGUCAAUGGGACACUGACAGGGAUCAUUGACAAUAUGGUACCACCCGCUGUUAAGAUGGUACCAUUUGCUGUUAACUCUGAGGGCCCACAGACGACAAACAGCAAUGAGGAAACUGAACCUCCCGGGGCUGUGGCAAAACACGGACAGGACAACCUAGCUUUCAGUCUCUCCUCUGAUAAUGGCACAGGACAGCCAACCUCAGAGGAUAAAGCAGCCCCACCUGAACUCUUCUCAUUCCUGCAGAUUCUUGCUGCCACAUUUUCUUCAUUUGCACGUGGUGGAAAUGACGUCAGUAACGCCAUUGGCCCAGUGAUUGCGCUGUGGCUGAUCUACACCGAAGGAUCUGUGCAGCAGAAGGAGGAGACUCCGAUCUACAUUUUAUUUUAUGGAGGUAUUGGCAUGUCUGUUGGUCUGUGGGUGUAUGGUCAGAGAGUGAUGAAGACCAUAGGUGAGGACCUCACGAAGAUCGCGGCUUCCACAGGGUUCACGAUAGAGAUUGGGGCCGCACUUACCGUCUUACUGGCUUCAAAGAUUGGUAUGCCCAUCAGCACCACACACUGCAAGGUCGGAUCCGUCGUGUUCGUUGGCUGGGCCAAUGCCACGAAGGAAGGGGUCGACUGGAAACUAUUCAGGAAUAUUGUUGUUGCGUGGUUGGUAACAGUGCCAGUAUCUGGUUUACUCAGUGCUGCAGUAAUUGCAAUACUAAGAGAGGUGGCACUGUGAAAUGUCAGUGGUCGUGGAGGGAGAUCUCCAUGCAUUCUAAGUGCUGACACAGUUUGCGGGGAAAAUAUGUGCUUCAGUCACUGACGACGGUGCAGCGUUUGAGGAUAUGAUAGACUCCAGUUGUCGUCUUUGUACUGACUCUACUGUUGACGUUAGAUUACGCACGAAAGGUUGUUGGGAAUAACGUCUCGAAAAACGUCCACUUGGAAGACUGAGAAGGAGAUGACGGCGUUGUAUUGCGGCCUAUCUUGCGGAAAUAGGUUGUGAUGAUGGGAAGUGGAUGGAACUGGCUCGGGAUUCCGUGCAGUGGCGGGCCUUGGUAUUAGAAACAUCGAACCGUGUGGUUCUGCCGACUCUGUGUUUGUUAUGAAUGCCAAACAAUUCAAGAAUUUGUUUUAUCUGUAAUUUAUUAUAUAAUUCUUUUAUCAGCUUACAGUUUUAUGAACGACAACUUGAAUAAUGCGGCAUGUAUAGUUCUGACCUCUAAAGUCUGACAAUCAAGGAUUGCUGAGUCUUUUAGAAGUUACAACUUAUGUCCUUUGUGUAUCAUUUUGCUGUACCGUUGAUUACAGCGAACCUUCAAGAUGCCAGACUAGGGCAAGAGGUUCUGAGAACGUACGUUGAGAAUGCUUUUAUAAAAUGUUACAGGAGGUGAUACGUCCUUUUUCCUCUGAAACUAUUCAGUGGAUGCUUUCUUGUUGUGGAAUUAUACUAAAUGUUAACAAUACAAGUAAUACACUUAAUUAUUAUUUUUCUUACACUUCGCUUAAUGUGCGCGUGUUACAAAUUAAAGACGCGUAUUGCACCGUGUACCGUUUCUCUGCAGAAUUAGGAAUUUUGUAGAAUUUUAUUUCAAAUUAAUUUAACAUAACGGUUAACCGCGUAUCAGUGCGGACAAAACUGGAAUUCGCUUGCCAGUUGUGAAUACAAAUCGAAAAUACAGGAUGAGUUCUGGUGACGUGAUACAGAGAAGAUAAAAGCAUGAAGAAUUAAUACCAGAAUUUUUAGGUAACCCUUGCCAUCUGCGCACCAAGUGGUGAAGUUAAGCGCGUGCUUGCUUCAUAAUUUGUACUGGCUCGGGGUCUGCGAAUAAGAACGGUGCGUCACUUCAUGUGAAGGUAGGAGCGUGGUUUCUUUUGAAAUUACUUUAAUUACAGGGAAUUAAUUUGUUUUAAAAUACAGAACUAUGCCAUGGAAAUAAAGUACAUAGUUCGUAACAUGUCUUGACAUUUCUUAAGAUAAUUUUUUCCGUGUAACAUGUGUAAUUACGAAAAUAAAAGAGGUGAUUAACACUUUUUGAGGCAAAACGAAAAGUGUAUAAAC